UAAUUCAAAUAUCGAGUACUUGGUUCGACCGGACCCAUAGUUAACCUUGUACUUCGUUCUGCCCAUGUUUGUACCAAGAUAGUAGUCAUGGCAAGAACUUCUUUAAAUAGCAAUGCAAAUUAGCUCCUGUAGCCUCACACAAAAUCUACAAUAGUGCUAAUUGCCACUACAAUGAGGGAUGAAAAUUUUCUUAAUCAACAUGAUGAAGAAAGUGGAGCUAUGAACUAUUGGUGGAGAUCAUCAACAAACUUUGAUGAGUGUAAAAUUCAAGUUUGAGAAAAUGCAAAAUUUGUCAAAAAUGACACCAUUACUUAAAGUGCUUAGAGAAAUGGAGAGGCUAUAUUUGAUGUCCACAGAGAGUCUUGAUGAGCUUAGACAAAAGUUAAUGUCUUAUAAAGCUGGGGAUUUUUGGGUGCCAGUUGGUGGAAUAAACAAAGAUGAUAUGGAUAUUCCACCUGUGAAUACUAUAUUGUUGGUUGGUUUUCAUAAUUCUGGUAAAAGUUCACUUGUUAACCUAAUGUAUAGUGUUCUUGGUCGUUCUGGUCUCAUCCCUUUUGCUCUAACUUCUUCAGGAAAUGCUUGUGCUUACACGACAUUAAUGAUGGAGGAGCACAAUGUGCUAAGAUCAGCACGAAGUGGAUUCUGCAUUUACGAUACGAGGGGUUUCGAUUAUGAUGGAGUUGAAGAAGCUCUUCUUGAAUUGAAAGAAUGGAUGGCUCCUGAUGGUGUCCACCAUAAGAAGCUGUGUUUAAGACCAGGAGAUGAUGUACUUCUACCAAUACUAGAUAACAAAUUGGAGGAUGCUUCUUCUUCAAUGUUCAUGAAGAGAAAUGUGAAUUGUGUUAUGGUGGUGGCUAAUGCUUCUGAAAUAUAUGUGUCUCUUAGACUUGGUGAUUUUAAGCCAUUGGAUGCAUUGAAACAACUCUUUUGCUCGCCUUCACUCAACCAAUCUAAUGGGAACCCCAUAUUGAUUUUGACUCAUGGAGACAAGCUAUCAACUGAGGAGCGAAUCGAUUGUCGAUUGAAAAUAUCCAAGCAUCUUGGUACCUCAGAGACAAAUGGAAUAUAUGAUAUAGUAUGUGUGACAGAAUAUGGAUUAUUGGCAGAUGAAUAUGAUCCAAUUUCAGCAUAUGCUGUAACUGAAGCAGUUUAUAGAGCAUUGCUUAUCUCAGACAGGGCUCAACUUGUUAAGAAAACAUUCAUGGACUGGGCAUUAUAUGCAUUGUCAUGGCUAUUAUGUUUCUUGGCAGGCAUUUUUGCCUGUCUGGCCCAUGUUUUCAAUUGUCUGGCCCAGAAACACAAAGGCAAGAUGAAGUGGUGAAGAAAAACAUCUAGGCAAAUAUUUGUGUGUUAGCAUAUGCAUAUAUGUAUUGUCUCCUAUGAUGUUCUUGCUGUUGGAUGUUAGGUAGAAGUAAAAUAGGUUAAUAAGUAUAUAUGUUUAGUGACUCUGGUUAGUUUGUAUCUGUUAAAUCAUGAGUGAGGGUACAUUUGCUUGGACAAAUUACCUACUAUUAUUCUUAGGGAAGGUGUUUCGACAAUUUAGAUUGGAUAUGCAAAUUUCGAUUUGAAUCUUUCAUAUAUGGAUUCAAGAAUCAAGUUUCCAAUCCAUUCGACAUAAAUUCAUGUGGAUUGGUUUUCUUAAGUUUGGUUUCGGAUUAAUCAAUUUGGUUGUUAUUUCAAAUUUUC